CAAAGAGUGGGCAUAUUUCCGUCCAAUUUCGUGAUCCCUGAGAGGAGGUGUCCGUCCAAUGAAGCGUCGGUUUUGCCACAAAUCUGCGAAAUAGAUUUCUCUCAACUCAGACUCCAAGAAGUGAUAGGAAUCGGAGGGUUCGGCAAAGUAUAUCGCGGCAUAUAUGAGGGCCGGGAGGUGGCUGUGAAGGCUGCGCGACAGGACCUGAACGAAGACAUCGCUGAUGUGUUGGCCGGUGUUAGACAAGAGGCCAAACUAUUCUGGAUCUUAGAUCACCCGAAUAUAGUGAAGUUGAUUGGCGUCUGUCUCGAUGAGCCCAACCUGUGUCUUGUGAUGGAGUACCUGAGGGGCGGCUCUUUGAAUCGGGUGCUGUCCGGCCAACACAUCCCGCCCGCAGUCAUCUGCGAGUGGGCCAUACAGAUAGCCGAUGGCAUGAAUUACUUACACAAAAAGGCUCCCAUUUCUCUCAUACACAGAGAUCUCAAGUCUAGCAAUGUGCUUUUGAAUGAACCCAUUGAUGACGACAACUGGUUUAGGAAGACAUUAAAGAUAACAGAUUUAGGAUUAGCCCGAGAACUGAGUAAAACAACGCGUAUGUCUCAAGCGGGCACUUAUGCCUGGAUGUCACCCGAAGUGAUCAAGUCUUCCACCUUCUCAAAAGCCAGUGACGUCUGGAGUUACGGUGUUGUCGUUUGGGAGAUAUUAACGGGAGAGACGCCGUACAAAGGCAUUGAUGCGCUGGCAGUUGCAUAUGGAGUAGCUAUGAAUAAACUGAUCUUGCCCAUUCCCACCUCCUGUCCCCCUGAAUUCAAAACUCUACUCGAGGCGUGUUGGGAUCAGACGCCUCACAAUCGGCCCGACUUUGAAAGUAUUCUCAAUAGUCUGAUAGAUAUCGCAAAUUCUCAGUUUCCCGAAACAAAUGCCGAAUCUUUUCAUACUAUGAGAAACGACUGGAAACAAGAAAUCAAUCAAAUUCUUGACGAACUUAAGACUAAAGAAAAGGAAUUGCGGUCUCGAGAGGAAGAGUUGAGUAAAGCUAUGGUUAAGCAACAGGUGAAGGAACAGGUGCUCAAAGAACGGGAACGCGAAUUGGCUGAACGGGAGAUGGAUCUGUUGGGCCGCGAACUCAAUGUCAUUAUUCUUCAGCAGCAAAAUGAGUCGAAACCGCAGCCAAAGAAGAGAAGAGGAAAGUUCCGCAAAAAGAAGUUAUUGAAUCAUAUGCUGAAACACGGGUCCACUCAUGAGAUAGGUCUGCCUCAAAAUUUUCGCCACAAUAUUACCGUCACAUCUAGUCCUGAAAGUGUUUCCCCUUCGCCCACAACCACUUCCGGGUCACGACUCAGGGCCUAUGCUUUGCCCAACACUUGGGGACCGAGUAGUAGACAUCAAAGGGAACGCAAACGUAUGAAUCAGGUUUGGAAAAGUGCCCCCAAUUUAGAGAAAAACAAAGGGAUUCCGUACCAGAAUAUGAGCAGUUUCUAUGCAUACAACACACUCGAUGACACCCCUGAAGAGUGUGACAGCGGUUUGCAGUCAAAUGAGGCGUCUUCUGGCUCUUCAUCUGUCGAACACCGAAACAAACGAAAGUUCUUCUCCAGUAUUGACUCCGCGAUCGGAAAGAUUGGUCCGUUCUUUGAGAUCUGAAAUAAAAUGAUUUAAUUGUCUAAUAAAUGAAUUGAACCGAAA